AUGGUGAAAACCAUACAAAAAUAUCAAAAACUGGUAGAAAAUGAUUUUAUUGUUGAGGAGCUGGAAGAGCAAUGUGAAAAUGAGAUUGCCGAAGAAGAGGAUGCGACAUAUGACAAACCAACUGUUAAAAAUACGGAACCUCAGGCGCAGCACACAAUAUCUCUAGAGAAGGAAAUCAACGUUGGCCUUUUAUUCUCAAUGACACAGAAUGGACGAGAAAUGCACGAAAUUUUGGCAGCAGGCAACAAACCCAACGACAAAAUGAUCACAAGCAUAACGCAUAUUAUUUGCGAUUAUUUGAAGUCUACAUACGGAGUGCGACCAUCCACAUUCUACAAGGAAAUGCUAGCACGAUCAUUGGUCAACACUUAUCCGGUUUUGGCAUCAACUGUAUCAGACAUUCCACACGCGCUUUGGUUCCACAAAAACGGCCGUGGCGAAGGUAGACACGCCGGAAAAAUUCAUUACAGAAUGGAGAACCUAGCUAAACAAUCGGACAGCCGUGUGUUUUUCCGACAGCGUGAAACGGAUCAAGUACCACAGACUUCGACGAUGAAAGAUAUAAUGCAGGUCGCACCGAAUUUCGAUGAACUGGUGAAUGAAUUACGAUUUAUUGUGCCCACGGAGCAAGAGAAAGGCAGGAUUCGACAGCUGUGUCAUCCAACGUUAAUUCAACGAAACAAUGCUCGGGACGAAGGUACCUUUCUACAGUACAUGCAAGAAUGUCCAGUGGCAUUAGCUUUCGGUGGAGAAUUAGAAAGUAAAAUUAUAAGCGUAGUGUUUUUGAUAUAUUUCGGCUACAAUAUUCUUUGA